AUAACACACAUGGUAGCUUCUAACUCCGUCAGCUCGUGGCCUGUUGCUCACUCGCAGUCUGGUCGCAAGUCGCUGAAGUCGCCCGCACGACUCGCACGAGUUUAAAGUGAAACAACGACGUCGUUCCUCUAUACGACCAGGCCUGCGAGAUGCCACGGAGAGAAAGGCUUUCGAUUGGCCGUAAACCGGCGGGUACUGUAGAUGCUGCUGCUGCUGCAGUUGCUGCGAAACAAGUCGUGUCAGGAGAAGACAGCUCCAUUCCGGCAGUGCUGACCGUGGAGUGGGAAACAAAAACUAAUGGCACUGGACACCAUACCUAUCAAUAUAACGCUGUCCAGGAAGACAACCGUCCGGUGGUCAGGCGCGGACAACCGUUCACCUUGAAGAUCACGACUGACCAGAAAUUUGAGCGAAAAAAAAACGUGAUGAGACUGAGGUUCGACAUUGGUCCGAAACCAAAAAAUGCUGUGAGGACCCGAAUGCUAAUUCACUUGAGGAAGCCGAAUGCGCCGGAUCUCGGAAAUAAAGAGUGGUCAGCCAAGGUUCUGUUCGCGGACGGAAACACGCAGACGAUCGAGGUGAUGCCGGCCGCCAACUGCCCCGUCGGUCGCUGGAAGCUCAGCGUCAUCACCGAGUCUAAGGCUACUAAAAAGACAAGAGUCUUCAACGAAAAGGAGUCUGUCUGCAUUUUGUUCAAUCCAUGGUGCAAAGAUGAUCAAGCGUACAUGGCAAGUGAUGAGGAAAAAGAAGAAUAUGUCUUGAAUGACUUGGGCAAGAUCUGGUGUGGAUCCGCGAAGAGAAUGCGCUACCGUGUAUGGAACUUUGGGCAGUUUGAAGACAUGAUCCUCGAUGCUGCUCUGAGGGUCGUAGAAGAGUCUGGGCUGGAUCCGUCGAUGUGGGGCAACGCUGCGCAAGUCAUCCGAUCAAUCUCUGCAAUGGUGAACGACGUUGACGAUAACGGAGUAUUGGCGGGUAACUGGAGCGGAGAGUAUAUGGGAGGCACCGCACCCACGGAGUGGCAGGGAUCGGUGCAGAUACUGCAGCAGUGGUUCACGACCAAGGAAGCCGUCAUGUACGGCCAGUGUUGGGUGUUCUCCGGUGUUUCCACCAGUGUGAUGCGCGCGCUCGGCAUCCCUUGUCGCAGCGUCACUAACUUCGCGUCUGCGCACGACAGCAACAUGAAUAUCACCGUCGACGUGCACUUCAACGAAGAGCUGGACACCAUUGAGGAAAUGAACGUCGACAGCAUCUGGAACUUCCAUGUGUGGAAUGAGGCUUGGAUGGCUCGCCCUGAUCUACCUAAGGGCUACGGUGGCUGGCAAGCAUUAGAUGCGACACCACAGGAGGCUAGCGAUGGUGUCUACCGCGCUGGCCCGGCCUCUGUUGCGGCAAUUAGGCGAGGUGAAGUGGGGCAGAUGUACGACGCUCCAUUCAUAUUCGCCGAAGUCAACGCUGAUGUCGUUCACUGGAUCUAUAAGGGAGAAAACUGCCCAAUGGUCAAACUAAGAUCAUACGGUCAAGUUGUUGGAAAACUUAUCAGUACAAAGCGACCUGGGCCACUGACCGACAAUCACGAUGACCGGAUGGACCUGACGGACAGCUACAAGCCAAAGGACCGUUCACCGGAGGAGAUACAUGCUUUUCUGAAUGCCCUCCAGUGCGUGGACAGCAGUAGUCUGCAAGCAUACGGAGGAGGACAGGAUGUCGAGGAUGUGGAAUUUACGUUGGAGGACAGGGACGAUGUGCUCAUUGGCUCUAACUUUUCACAUGUUCUAAAGUUGAAAAACACGUCGAGCAAGGUGCGCACCGUCGAAGUCAACUUGCACAUCAACACCACCUUCUACACCGGUGUGGUGGCGUACAAAGUGAAGACGGAAAAGACUUCAGUCACGAUCAAGCCAAAUUCCACUGCUGAAGCCGCGAUCUCGGUGACAGCCGACGAUUACCUGGACCUACUCGUCGAUCAGGCAUCCUUCCAGGUGUUCGCCUGUGCCAAAGUCAAGGAAACAAACCAGAUAUAUUCCGCCGAAGAUGACUUCCGAGUUAGAGCACCAAAUGUCAGCGUGGAGGCGAUUGGUCCAUUCAAGGCGGGUAAGCCGAUAAAACUGGAUUUCUGGCUGGACAACCCACUGCCAAGGACUCUAACCAAUUGCUAUUUCAUAAUCGAAGGGCCUGGUAUUGCCAAGCCGGUGAAACUUCCCUGCAGUAAUAUGCAGCCAAAAGGCGGGACGGCCAUGUCCUACGCAUGUACGCCGAAGAAGCCAGGCAAUAAAGCCAUUCUUGUGAGUUUCUCCUCCAAGCAGCUCAAGGACGCAGACGGCUUCCUCAAAUUACAGGUGGAGAAGUAAGAAGAGAUGUAGAAUGGGUCAACGUUUAAUAAAGGCUCUAUUGCAUUAGGCAUGUAGGCGGCAACACGGAUAAUAUAAUAACAAUCAAGACUCCAUUGAAGAUCAUGUUAACGAUCUCUGGAUACUAACUUCUAUCAGUAAGUACGAGGUAACUAGAUACGUAUUGACAAUAAUCGCAAAAAAGAAAAAUUUAAUAAAAAUAUGUUCUUCGAUACUGUACGCUGGGAUUGAUAAGAAUUUUACGUUUUUUCGGAUAAAACUAAAAUGGUUCUUUAUUGAAAUAAAUGAAAUAAUUUCGUGAAAUCUUAGAUGAGCCACUUGCACGCGGUGUAACUGAAUUUUGUCUCUCAUCAUUAACUCCGUUAGUUACCGUUAACUCACUUCUUUGACACCGAAUUUAAAAUGACACUUGUGAUGCUGGUCGCAUGAUAAAUUAGCGUAUUAUUCCUUCUGGCUUCAAUAAAGUGUCAAAUCACUUUCAA